AUGGCGGAGUACUUCAAGAACGUACUCCUCAUCGGUGCAACCGGCGACCUAGGCCAGCACAUCCUAAGUACACUUCUAAAAACCACUACCACGCACCCAUCACAACCCCUAACGAUCACCCUCCUAACCCGGUCAACAUCUACGGCCAAAUUCCCAGCUCAUCCAUCUAUCGCACGCAUUCACAAGGGUGAUAUUAAAGACCGAGAGUUCCUUGUUACGGCGUUUUCGGGACAAGAUAUGAUUAUUUCGGCGAUAUCGCCUUAUGCGCUUUUAGACCAAAAACUGAUGUUAUCUGUUGCUGCGGAAGUUGGGGUGAAGAGGUUUGUGGUUGGGGAGUUUGGGAUGGAUACGAGGGAUGAGGAGCUUACGGAUUCUGUGGCUGUUUUUAAGCAGAAUAGAGAGGUUUUGGAGUAUGCUGUUGGGGUUUGUGGUGGUGAUAGUAAGACUGUGGGGAUGGAGUAUACGGGUGUUAUUUGUGGAGCAUUUCUGGAGAUGACUUUGUUGGAUGGAGAGAUGGGGUUUGAGUUUGGGGGGAGGGAGGUGGAGAUUUAUGAUUCUGGGAGGAAGAAGAUUGAGGUAUCUAGGAUGGAGGAUGUGGCGAGGGCUACUGUAGAAAUAUGUUUUCAACCGGGGAGGUAUGGGGAUCAGCUGGUUUAUAUUAGUAGUUUUACGGUUAGUCAGAGGGAUAUUUUGGAUGCUCUGAAUAAGGUUGAUAAGAAGGGACCGUGGAAGGUGGUGGAGAGGACGACGGAGUGGUUGAAGGAGAGAGGGAAGAAGAGAGUUGAAAAGGGGGAUAUGAUGGGAUUGGUGGAUGAGAUUUGGGCGGUGGCGUUUAGUGAUGGUAUUGGUGAGGCUUUUUCGAGGAAGAGGAAGUUAGUUAACGAAGAGAUGGGGAUUGGGAGGGGCGGGGAUGAAGAGUUCAUCGAAGUAAUCAAGGGAAUUGUGGAGGAGUGGGAGGCCGGGAGGAGGAAAUGA